UUUAGCCACUGCGAGCAAGUGAAUGGAGAGCCUGACUUAUCUUCACUGCUGUCAUCGAGGCUGCCAGUAUUUUUAGGGGACAGGAGCAGCUGCAAAAGCAUUUAACAGUCUUCUAUGAACAAUAACACUAGGGGUGUCUCAGGACUAAACGCCAUAGAGAUCGUGAGACUGCUGGAGCGUUCAAAGGAAAGCUGUCUGAUUAGACUAAAACCAUCUUAAAAGGGGCACUUUAAAAGCCUUGGCAAAAUGGGCAGGUGACACUGACCAGAUGUUAAUGAGGAGAACAUACCGCAACAAACUUACCGAAGCGGAAAAGGAUUAUUCUGUAAAAAAGAAAAAAAAAUACUACAGCUGGAAGUGAGGGCCAGUGAAGCAGGAGGACCUGGUUGCCGUGGAAUGUAUAUUGACAGUUGUCUCUGAGGACUAAAGAGAGAGCCUUACUUGAUAAACAGCUGGACAACAAAAUUCUUUCAAAGUAAUAAAGAGACUGAAUGCCUGUAGCCUGUCAAUCUGAGUGGAGGUUGGCAAGUGAGCAGGGAUGGAUGUCUUUGGUGGAGCGCCACGGUUCCUGGCCUACCCUCGUCCCGUGGUUGUACAGAGUGGCACAGAUGCAGUUCUGAAAUGCCAGAUCAGUGGAGAUCCCAGACCAGCAGUUAUAUGGGAGAGAAACAAUGAGAAGAUUCACCCAGAGGGUAGAUACCGGGUGUUUGAGGAUGGCAAUGUCUACAACCUUAUCAUAACUUCUGUGACAAUGGAGGACAGUGGACAAUACAUCUGUAAGGCCAAGAACUGCAUUGGAGAGACUUACGCAGCAGCCACUUUGAAAGUAGAAGGCGAAGCACAGGAGAUGGAAUUUCGGGAGGAAAACAAGCCACGCUUCCUCAUUAAGCCCCUGUCGACUAGAGUCGGACGAGGAGAGGAUGCAGUGUUCUCCUGUAAGCUGUGGGGAAAUCCUAGACCAGAAGUGAUGUGGGAGAAGGAUGGCAAGAAGUUGAAUGAGAUCUUUGAGAGCACACAUUUCACCAUCAGCUAUCAGGAUGGAGGAUGGUUCCAGCUAAAGAUUUUCAAGACAAGAGCACCAGAUGGAGGGGUGUACACAUGUAAGGCCAGGAAUGAAUUUGGAGAGAGUCUGGCUGGGGCUGUGCUGUUAGUGGAUGCUGGACCAGGACACGAGGAUGAAGGGAACCGUAAUGGAUACACAAAUGCCCACUGGAAAGCACAUCAGGGAAAACAGAGAAGUGGUAGGCAAGUUGCAACAAGACUGAAAGAUGACCCGCUACCAAACUCAGCCAAAGUGAAAAUGUUUGCAGUGACAGAGGGGAAGCAUGCAAAGUUUCGUUGCUAUGUAACCGGGAAACCAAAACCAGAAAUAUUAUGGAGGAAAGAUGGGAGACUUAUCUUGUCUGGGAGACGGUAUCUCUUGUAUGAAGACAGAGAGGGUUACUUCACACUUAAAGUUCUCUACUGCAAACAGCAGGACAAUGGAGUUUAUGUCUGUUCUGCUUCAAACACUGCAGGGCAAACCCUGAGUGCUGUACACCUUAUCGUCAAAGAGCCACCUGUUCGAUUUAAGCAACCGCUGAAUGACUUGCAAGUAUGGGAGAGAGACUUGGCUGUUCUUGAGUGUGAAGUUCCUGAGGACUCUGUUCCAAUCACAUGGUACUUAGAAGACAGACGACUACAGCCUGGAGCCAAAUAUGGGAUGGAAGAGUGGGGGACAAAGCGCCGACUCACAAUUCGUGAUAUUGGAGUUGAUGACGAUGGGAUUUAUCUAUGCGAGAUGGCUGAUGGGGGUAGAAGCAUUGCAGAGGUAGCAGUCAAAGGCACUAUAGUAAGAAAGCUGCCACGAAAAGUUGAUGUCCUGGAGGGGGAAAAUGCAGCCUUCUGUGUGGAGGUGGAGGAGGAGGAAAUGGACAUUCAUUGGUACAAAGAUGGAACCGAGCUAAGGGAGACCCAUCAGACCAUUCUCAAAUCUUUUGGAAGGACACACAUUUUGGUUUUUGUAAACACCACACCACAAGACUCUGGUUUGGUCAUGUUCUACGUGGGUAGAUCAAAAACUUCAUCUCAGCUACGGGUGAAAGCGGCACGGCACUGUCCACCAAGCUGUCCUAUCGGGGUACAGAUAAACACAGAACGAGCGAAUGCAGCUCUUCUUUCCUGGUUUCCAGCACAAGACUCUCGAAAGAAUCCACCUUCAGGGUAUAUAAUUGAGAGACAAGAAGUUGGCUCACAAGAGUGGCUGCAAUGUUUGACCACAGACUCUGCAACCUCAGUGGAGAUUCUUGGCGACAGUGUUCCAUGCGAGGCAGACUACAGAUUUCGGAUAUGCAGCGUCAACAAAUAUGGAAGGAGUGGAAAUGUAGAGUUCCCUCGAGCAGUUCACCUUGUUCCAGUUGCCAGAAUCCAAGCACCUCUACAAGAUGCUUUGGUGCCAGAGGGCCAGGAUGCCUGCUUUACCAUUGAGCUCUCUGCCUCAGUUAUAGGCACUUGGUUUCUAAAUGGAAAUCAGCUUCAAGACGAUGAACGUUUCUCCAUAAGGCGUUCACGUACACACCAGUCCCUACGUAUUCGUGGGGUACGAGACACAGACAAUGGAGCAGAGAUCACCUUCAUUGCUUACGGAAUUCGAGAUUCUGCUGCUUUGUAUAUACAAGCUCCACUGGUAAAAUUCACUCCACUUUCUGAAAUGGAUCGAAACAAAUUUGUAGAGGUUGGCAACCCUAUAGUACUCUACUGUGAGCUGUCAGACCCUGAGGCUCCAGUUCGCUGGUAUAAGAAUGGUGUUGAACUUCAAUCAAUGGAAGGUCUGCAUAUCCAAUCAGAAGGAACAAUGAGGAGGAUCGUCAUCCAAUCAGCAGAAUUCUCCCACUCAGGAGUGUACAGCUGCGACGCUAUUGAUGACGUCAUCAGAUUUAAUGUGGAGGUUGAGGCUCCACCAGUGAGGUUCUCAGUUCUUCCGGAGGGUGAGAGGAACAAAUCCAUUGAAGUAGGCUCAACGAUAGCACUACAAUGUGAGGUCUCAGAUCCACUUGCCUACGUCUCCUGGUACAAAGAUGGUGCAAAACUUCUGCCACAAAGUGGACUAGACUUCAAAUCUGAAGGCACAAAGAGGGAACUGUUUGUCCAGUCAGCUGAAUUUUACCACUCAGGGGUGUAUAGCUGCAAGACAAGGGGUGAUGCGGUCCACUUCAAUGUGGAUGUUAAAGCCCCACCUGUGAGGUUCUCAGCUGUCCCAGAGGUUAAGCGGAGAAAGUGCAUUGAAGCAGGCUGCCCCAUUAUUCUGCAGUGCGAGAUUUCAGACUCUACUGCACAGGUCCAGUGGUACAAAGAUGGGGAUCAGCUCCUUGUAGAAUCUGGAGUAGACAUCAAAUCAGAUGACUGCAUGAGAACACUCAGUAUUCAGUCAGCACACCCGUCUCAUGCCGGUGUGUACAGCUGCACAACAAAGGAUGAUGUCAUCAAGUUUCAUGUGGAGAUAAGAGCUGCACCGGUGAGGUUCUCAGCUGUUCCGGAAGCUGAGAAGAAUAUAUGCACUGAAGCUGGUGGCCACUUUGAACUCCACUGUAAAGUUUCAGAUCCCACAGUCCAUGUCCGCUGGUUCCACAACAAUACACAGCUUCAGCCAGAGACUGGUUUGGAUAUUCAGUCAGAGGGAGAUUCAAGGACACUAGUAGUCAAUCCAGCUGAGCCUAGUCAUUCUGGAUUGUACCGCUGUGAAACAUCUGACGACUCUGUCCAGUUCACUGUGGAUAUCAAAGACCCACCGGUGAUGUUCUCAACAUUACCAGACACUGUGAAGAACCAGCUGGUUGAAGCAGACUACUCCACUGAUAUGCACGGUGAGAUCUCAGAUCCAAAUGCCAAGGUGUGUUGUUACAAGGAUGGUGUAGAGCUCGUCUCAAAAAGUCAGCCUCAUAUCAAAUUGGAGUGUACCAGGAGGACGUUAGCUGUCAAGACAGCACAGCCCUCUAACUCUGGAUGGUACGACUGUGUGAAAACGGGUGAUGUCAUCCAGUUUAAUGUACAAGACCAAGUGCCACCACCAACAUGUUUGGCUGAUCCUGACGUUGAGAUGACCAAAUGCACGGAAGAAAUGGAACCUGCUGCACUGCAUUAUGAGAUCUCAGAUCCCACUCCAUAUGUCAGGCAGACAAAAGAUGAGGAGGUCAUGCUUCCUCAAUCUGAACCUGCAGCUGAAUUUGAACCUGAAUUGGAACUUGAAUCUAAAUCUGAAUUUGAACCUGAAUCUGAGCCUGAAGUUCACUCAGAUGCAUCCAGAGGAACUUUAAUCAUCCAUUCACCUGAGACAUCUCUUUUUGAAGUAAACAGCCCAAAGACACCAGAUGAUCCCAUCCAGUUUGAAAUGGACCAAGCAGAACUGUCUCACUAUGAGGUGUUCAGUGGUGAGACCUAUGAUGACUCUGUCCAGUGCACGGUGGAUAUAAAAGAAGAGUUCCUGAGAAGAUCAGGAACUGAGGCUGAGAUCAGAUCUGAAAAAGAGAACAACAAACUCACAGCGGAAAGAUCUGGAGAAGGGACCCCAGUGUCCAUUCCAACAACCUUCAGACUGACUAAAGAGGAACCACAGCUACAACCAAUACUACAACCACAGUUAAAAGGAAUGCCAGAGUUACGACAACAUUUAGAACCAAUGCUACAACCACAGUUACAAGGAAUGCCAGAGCUACAACCACAUUUAGAAUCAAUGCUACAACCACAGUUACAAGGAAUGCCAGAGCUACAACCACAGUUACAAGGAAUGCCAGAGCUACAACCACAGUUAGAACCAAUGCUACAACCAAUGCUACAACCACAGAUACAAGGAAUGCCAGAGCUACAACCACAGUUAGAACCAAUGCUACAACCACAGAUACAAGGAAUGUCAGAGCUACAACCACAGAUACAAGGAAUGCCAGAGCUACAACCACAGUUAGAACCAAUGCUACAACCACAGAUACAAGGAAUGUCAGAGCUACAACCACAGAUACAAGGAAUGCCAGAGCUACAACCACAGUUAGAACAAAUGGUACAACCAAUGCUACAACCACAGUUACAAGGAAUGCCAGAGCUACAACCACAGUUAGAACCAAUGCUACAACCAAUGCUACAACCACAGAUACAAGGAAUGCCAGAGCUACAACCACAGUUAGAACCAAUGCUACAACCAAUGCUACAACCACAGAUACAAGGAAUGCCAGAGCUACAAUCACAGUUAGAACCAAUGCUACAACCAAUUCUACAACCACAGUUACAAGGAAUGCCAGAGCUACAACCACAGUUAGAACCAAUGCUACAACCACAAGUGCAACCUCAGCUACAACAGCUGCAACCACAGCUGCAACCAAUGAAUCAAACAAGAACUUCAAUUUCCGAAGAUGAAGGCUCAAAUCACAUCACAAUACAAGAGAGUGACAUGGAUCAAGAUGUCUUAGCUUUUAAGGUGGAUGUUGAAGCUUCGACGACAAAUUCCACAUCACUUUGUGGAAUGGAUGAGAGCUUGCCCAUUGAUGCAGACUGUUCCAGUGCACUACUAAUUGAGAGCUCUGACCACACAACUCAAGAAAAACCUAUAUCCUGCCAACAAGAUGAAGCAACCAUGAUAUUCAAUAAACCUGCAAUACAGAAAGAGCUCAUCCAGUCAUCAAAUAUGUGUCUGCAAGAAGCAUAUGAGACUGUUACCAAGGAAGAAUUUGUUUAUCAAAAGGAACUGAAAGAACCUGUUCAUAAUGAAGAAUUAUUUACACAACCACUUGAAAGUGAAGUUUCCAGACGCAUCGAAGGUGAUUCUCCAGUUUGUUGGUACGAGGACGGAAUGCAAUUUUACUCUGAAAAUGGACAUGUUCUUGAAAUGGAGGAAGGCGUACAAAGACUGAAUGCUCCAGCCACUGACUCUGGUCAAUCAAAGGAUGAUGACAUAAUAUUUAAGGUGGAUGUCAAAGCUACAUCUUUGCAAACUUCAACUAUCCGUGAGACUGAAGGGAGCGAGUCAAAUGAUGAAACAGGCAUUGCUUUUCCACAAUCUGAGGUAUCAAGCACAAUGGCAGAGGUGUGCCGGUACAAGGAAGGCGAGGACCUCCAACAAUGUGAUGUUAUCACUCAAUCUGAAGAGACUUUCAGAGCUCUUGUUGCCAAAACAGCUGAGCCGUCUCACUCUGGGGAACAUGCUUGUGAGACAGAUGAUGUCACCGUCCAGUUUGCAGUGGACCUACCAGCUCCUCCAGUGACGUUUUCCAGUGUCCCUGAGGCUCAACGGACCAAAUGCAUUGAGUCAGGAAGACCCUUUAAACUGCAAUGCGAAGUCUCAGACCCUGAUGCAGAAGUCUGCUGGUACAAAGAUGGGAAUGAGGUGCUUCCUCAAGAUGGUAUUGUCACUGUGAAUGAGCAAGCAAUGAGAACACUCUCUGUGCAAACUGCUGAAUUACGUCACAGUGGAACAUACAGCUGCCAGACAAACAAUGACACCAUCACAUUCCAUGUGGAAAUCAAAGCUCCAUCACUGAAGUUCAUUCCAAUUUCAGAAGUGGAGAAGAACAAGUCCACCGAAGUAGACUCUCCGAUUGUUCUGAAAUGUGAGCUAUCAGAGGCUUCCGCUCAGGUGCUCUGGUGUAAAGAUGGUAGAGAGCUGGCCCCAAACCCUGGGCUCAAUUUCCAAUCAGACGGAAAUAUGAGGAAACUAACUGUUCAAUCAGCAAAACUGUCUGAUACUGGAAACUAUACCUGCCAUGUUCCAGGUGAUACCGUAUCAUUCAAUGUGGACGUUCAAGCUCACCCUGUUAGGUUCUCAGCACUCCCAGAAAUUGCAAGGAACAAGUUUAUUGAAGCAGGCUGUCCUAUUAUACUUCAAUGUGAAAUCUCAGACCCCACUGCACAAGUUUCCUGGCUCAAAGAUGGAGUCGAACUCCAACAAGACAGUGGACUUGACAUCCAAUCAGAGGGCACUAUGAAGACAAUGAUCAUCCAUUCCGCUGAGCUCAAACACUCAGGCGUGUACAGCUGUGAGGCUGUGGAUGAUCGCAUAGCAUUCAAGGUGGAUGUUGCAGCUCCACCAGUGACGUUCUCAGCUGUUCCUGAGAUUGAGAAGAACAAGUCAGUUGAAGCAGGCUGGCCAAUCAUUCUCCAAUGUGAGAUAUCUGAUCCUACAGUCCCGGUCCAAUGGUACAAGGAUGGAUUACAGCUCCUACCUCAAUCUGGGGUUUACAUCAAAUCACAGCACACCAUGAGGACAUUGGUUAUCCAAUCAGCAAAUGUAUCCCACUCUGGGUUUUACAGUUGUAAUACUGCUGAUGAUAUCAGCGAAUUUUUUGUGGAUGUUAAAGAUCCAUUCUGCUGCUUUUAUGGGCUCCUUAACCAUUUCCCUAAUGCAGGAAUAUUUUUGAAGCUUCACAAGUUUGUUUCACCUCCUGUGACAUUUGACUACAUACCAGAAGACGAUCUGCACAGAAAUAUAGUGGAACAAGACAAUCUGCUCCUUUGCUGUCAAGUGUCAAGGUCAGAUGCUACCGCACAAUGGUACAAGGAUGGAGUAGAGUUAAAGUCUAGUGACAAUGUCCUCAUAGAGGCAGAAAACACUUUACGAAGGCUGAUCAUCCUGUCAGCUCAGCUGUCAGAUUCUGGAACAUAUACCUGUCGAGCUGGAGAUAAUGCCUUAAUAUUUAAAGUUAACGUAAGAGAACCUCCAGUGAUGAUUGUAUAUCCCAAAGAAGACGUCCACCUUGAUCGCUAUGUUCCUGAAGAAAUUGUCCUUAGCUGUGAACUUUCACGACCAAAUGGAAAGGUGACAUGGUUCAAGGAUGGACAGAAACUACAAGAGAGUGAAAACAUAAAGCUAAAGACAGAGGGCCCAUAUAGACGGCUAAAAAUUCUGCGCAGUGGUGUUGAGGACUCUGGAGAAUAUGUCUGUGACACAGCUGAUGAUUCAAUAUUCUUCAAUCUAAACAUAAAAGAACCACCGGUACGCAUAGUUUCUCCAAGCCAGUCCCAAAUGGAACUUUGCCAACAGACUUCUGAGAGGAUGGUCCUGAGCUGUGAAAUCUCAAGACCCAACGCCACAGUACGUUGGUAUCGAGAUGGUCUUGAAGUGGAGGAGAGUGACAGCCUAAUUCUGGAGGUUGAUGGUGUCUAUAGGAGGCUUAUUAUCCCAAAACCCACUGUUAAAGACUCUGCAGAAUAUGUCUGUGACACUGCUGAUGACUCAGUAACUUUCUUUGUAAAUAUUGCAGAGCCACCAGUUAGAUUUAUUCGGCCAAGGAAAACAACCUAUGCAAUAGAGAAACUUGUUGGAGAAAUUGUGGUCCUUGAGUGUGAAGUGUCUCGACCAAAUGCUGAAGUUAGCUGGAAGAAGGAUGGAGAAGAGAUUGAGGAGAACAUCAACAUUACUAUCACAGAGGAUGGCACAAGUCGACAGUUAACGAUUCACUCCGCAGCUUUGGAUGAUGCAGGGCAAUAUGUCUGUGAUGCCAGAGAUGAUGUAAUGGACUUCCUAGUGAAAAUCAAAGAUCCUCCACUAAAAAUCAUGCGGAAAGCUGACAUAGAAACGAAACGCCAGUUUGUAGUAUCUGAUGCGAUUGUCUUAAAAUGUGAGAUCUCAAGAGCAAAUGGGGUGGUCAGUUGGCUUAAAGACAAUGAGAAGAUUGAGGGAAAGGACCAUUUCAUUUGUGAAGAGGAAGGGACAUUCAGAUCUCUGAUUGUUCUGAGUGCUGAGUUGAUGGACUCAGGAGAAUACAUUUGUGAUGCACAAGAUGAUAAAGUUGUCUUCACUGUUACUGUAGAAGAGGCUCCAGUGUCCAUUGUUGGAAAUUCAGAGAAGCCAGAACACCAUAUUUUAAUGACAGGAGAUGAGCUUAUCCUGGAAUGUGAGGUAUCACGAGUAAAUGCUAUAGUCCAGUGGUACCGCAAUGGAAGUUUACUACAAGAGGAUUCACGCACACACAUUGAAAGCAGAGACACAAUGAGGAAGCUUGUGAUAUCAGGACUUCAGACAUCUGACUCUGGAGAGUAUCUCUGUGAUGCCAUUGAUGACAAAAUGAUAACUAGGCUAACGGUUCAAGAACCACCAUUCAAAUUCAUCAAAAAAGAAGAAAGAACAAAUAUUUCAGCCUAUGAAGAAGACAGUGUGACACUACAUGCCACUGUUAACAGGGUCAAUGCCCCAGUGAAAUGGCAGAAAGAUCACAAUCCAAUCAGAGGGGAUCGUUUCCACACGACAAGUGAUGGUAGCACCCACUACCUUACUAUUAACCCACUUAAGAGAUGUGAUACUGGAGAGUACACAUGUCAUGUGGGAUCCGACGAGAUGCACUUCAGUGUCCAUGUCAAAGCAAUGAAAGUGAAAUUCUCCAAACCACUGGAAAACAUAGCGGGACUCAAAGGUAGUGAUGUGGUUUUAAAAUGUGAACUGUACAAGUCAAAAGGAGAUGUUCAGUGGCUUAAGGACAGCCAAGAGAUUGUGCCAAACAGACAUUUUACAAUCAGAGCUGAUGGUCGAGUGAGAAGCCUGACAAUACAUAAUGUCACAGAAGAUGAUGCAGGAGAAUAUGCUUGUGAAUCCAAAGAUGAAAGGACAUCAGCUGCUGUAGUGGUCAAUAUUCCUCGCAUUGUGGAGUUUAUUGCAGAGCUACACAACAUAACUGUCAUGGAAGGAGAAGACGCAACAUUUAAGUGUGUGGUGUCUCCAGAGGAUGCAAAGUUGGCCUGGUUUAGAAAUGGCCAGCUAAUUUCAUCAAAUGAUAAGUUCAACAUCUCAAGUAAUGGAUUAUGCCAUAUAUUGCAUAUCAACAACUGCCAAGUCUCAGAUAGCUGCAAGUUGACAGCUAAGGCUGAAGGUGUGAUUUCCAGAGCUAUCCUUCAGGUCCAAGAGGCGCAGGUGCUUUUCACAAAGAGCAUGGACCCGGUGGUUGCAGAGGAGUUUGGUGAGGCAACACUUGAGGUGGAGGUCAGCCUUGAGACUGCGGAAGUGCAGUGGAUGAGACAAGGAGUGGUUAUACAUCCAGGGUCCAAAUUCACCCUGAAGCAGAGUGGCAAAAAACGUUCUCUCACAAUCCACAAACUCACCCUUUCAGACCGAGGCACCUACAGCUGUGAAACGCUCCAUGACCGCACACAAGCCAAGCUCAGUGUGGAACCACGAAAAAUCAAGAUUCGGAAAGGUCUAACUGAGAUCCAGACUUAUGAACGAGAGACAGCUUCUUUUGAAGUGGAGCUGUCACAUAGCAAUGUGGAGGGUGUAUGGCAGAAGGAUGGGCACGCUCUCAAAAACAACAACCGUUUGCGUAUGACUGCAAAAGGACGGGUACACAGCCUUACAAUCUCCAGCCUGACCUUGGAUGACACUGGCACCUACAUAUUCUCUGUUGAGAAUGUCAGAUCAUUAGCAAGAUUGGACGUUAAAGAAAUCCCAGUAACAAUCUUGAAAAAGCUUGAGGACAUCAGACAAUCAGAGGGAUCUGGUAUAACCCUUGAAUGUGAGCUGUCACGCCACAACAUAGACAUAAAGUGGACAAAGAAUGAAGUUCAGCUUAAACCAGGAAAAAAUCAUCGCAUUUACUCUAUGGGAAGAAAGUGCUUUCUACAUAUACUGAAGUGUGAGCUGGGAGACUCUGGUUUAUAUGCGUGUGAUGCUGGGGAAGCUAAAACAUCCUGUUCAGUGGAAAUCUAUGAGAGGGAACUUGAGAUACUACAAAGCUUAGAGGAUCUGGAUAUUCAAGAAGAUCAAAAUGCAGUGUUCAUGUGUGAAGUGUCACUAGAUGAUGAGCCCGGUGAAUGGUUUAAGAAUGGAGAGAAGAUAAAACCAACCAGCACCAUCAAGAUCCGCCAGGAAGGGACUAAGCACUUCCUCCUCAUAUGCAACGUUAAAGGAGAUGACUCUGGAGAGAUCAAGUUUGUAUCCAAGAAUGUUGAGACUACAGCUUACCUUGAGGUGGAAGCACUACCAGCAAACAUUGCGAAACCACUUCAGGAUAAAACAGCUCUAGAAAAAACCCGUGUCAUACUGGACUGCACUGUGACCAAUCCUCGUUGCAGCAUUCGCUGGUAUAAGGGACCUAAUGUCAUCCUGCCCUCAGAGCGUUUUGAGAUCUGCAGUGAAGGGUGCUAUCGAAAACUUGUGAUUCAACAGGUGUUGCUAGAGGAUGAGGGCACCUAUAGUGUUCAAGUUGGAAACUACACAUCCUCAGCAAAACUAACUGUUGAAGCCCAGUCAAUCCUGAUGGUGCGAGAGCUGCAAGAUGUGGAUGUAACUGCUCCUGCAGAUGCAUGCUUUGAAUGUGAAGUCUCUCUGCCUGUGGUCAAGGCACCUUCCUGGACCCUGAAAGGGGAGACACUGCAUCCUGGUCCUAAAGUUGUGCUGGAGAAAAUGGGAACUGUUCAUAGGCUCACUCUUAAACAAACAUCCGCAGACAUGAGCGGCAUUGUGUGCUUUAUCACAGGAAGAGUUAAAAGCACUGCACAUCUGCGUGUCAUAAGUAACCACUGAGAAUCAACACAUAUGCACUUACAGUGCAUAAUACUCAACUAUGCCACUAUUUAAAUACCAAAUGAAAUGAUGAAACCAUUAAAUCUAUUUUCUUUCAAUGUGUUUGAAAGUGCGAGGCUUAUAAUUCAUUUAUUUUAAAUCUUUAGUGCCUUUUUUGCACAUUAAAUCCCAUUCUACAUGGUUGACCAUCCAUUAGGCUACAUAAUAAUUUCUUAAAUUCUUGACAAUUCUUGUCUAAAUUUAUGAUCAAACACAAUGUGCUUUAUUAAAAUAAAAUGAACAGCACCAGGCCAGACACCCAUGUAAUUCACCCACGUUGUUAUGACUUAAAUUUCUUGCACAGUAAUUUGGUAUUUAAUUUUGAAAAUUGUGUACUACUGUAUAUCCUUGUAUAGAUAUCCUUUGUUUUGUUUUUUAUUAUUCUUGUUUUGUGGGAUGCAGAUUAAAGUGAGGUUAAGGCGUGUAAUUAUAAUGUGCAGGGCCAAAGAUGAUCAAAAGAGGGUUUGGGACGGAAAGUAACUUUAGCAUAUGUAACAAAUACUCUGAGUUCAUGAAUGCAGCCAUUUUACAAAUUAGGGAAACAUUUACAAAUAAAUGGAAAUGCUUUUGAGAGUUUUAGUUUUUUUGCUUCUGUUGUAUUAAAAAGGUAGCCUAUAACAGUUCUUGCCUUUUGCUGAAGUAUCCAAAUAAGUGCAAAAGUGCUGCAGUUUUCCCUGGUUUAGCUAUCAAUAUCUUUCAAUAAAAUUUGAAAACAAA